AUGGGUAGAGAAAAUGGACUCAGAGGGGCCAGGUCAGGUAAUUGUAAAUGUCAUCGACCUAAAAAGAAGGUACUGCGAAGGAAUCAGAUAAAUAUGGAUUCUGGUUAUCUUUCGAUAACAG